GCUCCACCCACCUGCACAUAAAAGCCAAGUACAGGCUGCCAGCAGCUGAUCAGAGUGCCUUUCCAGUCCUCUGCUUGCAGUGAUCGCUUCUCUUACUGCACCUCGCACAGCUUAAGGUUUCAGAGCUGGAAGCUUUCCCCAGUGCAUUCCCAAAGUAAGUGCAGAGAGAGUUUCAAUGAGAACACUUCGGGGUGCCUGACUUGAAAUCCCGCAAAGAUGCAAGACAAGGUCAUGACUAUGCCACUAAUUCCUCUUCGGCUGCUCACUAUGGCCCUCCACCUAGCCCUUUUCAGGACGACCCUCGCUGGGGUGUACUAUGGGAUGAAACAGAUACCCCAGCAGCAGCACCACCAGAUACAACAGUUACCUCACAUGCCAGUGGGCAAAGAGAGCUUGCCCAUGCAGCACCCGGGCAAGGACAUGUCCCACAUGCAGUACGGCAAGGAGAUCCCAAUGAUACCCCAGUACAGAAAGGAAAUACCCCAGGUGCCUCUGCCUAUGGGAAAUGAAAUGCCAAGGAAAGAAGUUAAAGGUAUUAUCCCGAGGGGUGAGAUGGGCCCCCCUGGAGAACCUGGCCACAAAGGUCUUCCAGGACCACAGGGCCCUCCUGGAAUGCCAGGCCGUGGCUUACCAGGACAGCCAGGAAAACCUGGCCCGCAAGGACCCCCAGGAUAUCCAGGCAUUGGGAAACCUGGGAUGCCGGGAUUGCCAGGUCAACCAGGCGGAAUGGGAUUUCCAGGUCCAAAAGGCGAGUUAGGCCCUGGUGGAGAGGGAGGGCCAAUGGGUAUGCCAGGACCACAGGGACUUCCAGGGCCACCAGGUCUGCCUGGGAUUGGGAAACCCGGUGGCCAGGGAUUACCAGGUCAACCAGGGCCUAGAGGCGAACCGGGGCACAAAGGACCACCAGGGCUGCCAGGAUUGCCAGGGCCGAAAGGCGAAAAGGGCAUUGGUCUGCCAGGGUUACCAGGGCUGCAAGGGCCAGUGGGUCCACCAGGUCAACCAGGUCAAGGCGGUCUCCCAGGGAUAGGGAAACCUGGCCUAAAUGGACUCCCUGGGGCCCCAGGAGGACUUGGAAAGCCAGGGCCUCCAGGAGAGCCAGGAUUACAGGGACCAGCAGGACAAGGAGGACAACCAGGACCACCAGGCCUUCCUGGUGUUGGUAAACCAGGGCAUGACGGGUUACCAGGGCGGCCAGGGUUCCCUGGAGGAAAAGGAGAACUUGGUCCACCAGGCUUGCCUGGGGGCCCUGGUUUACCUGGCUAUGGCAAACCAGGUUUUCCUGGGCCAAAGGGAGAACGAGGGAUGGGCGGCAUGCCCGGGGCACCCGGGCCUAAAGGAGAAAAGGGUUAUGGAGGCAUUCCCGGAAUGGUAGGACCCCUAGGAGCAAUAGGUCCACCUGGUCUGCCUGGUCCCAUGGGGCCGCCAGGAGGUGUUGGCUUUCCAGGUCCAAAAGGGGAGGGUGGGGCGAUGGGGCCACAAGGGCAAAUGGGUCCAAAAGCAGAGCCUGGCCUGCCAGGUUUGCCAGGCCAACCAGGGUUCCCAGGAGAAGGAGGUCAGCCUGGACAAAGAGGUUUACCGGGCCCCAUAGGACCCAAAGGGGAUAAUGGGCAUAAAGGAUUGCCGGGUCUUCCUGGGGCCCCUGGCUUGCCAGGGCCAAAAGCAGAAAGAGGAUUGCCCGGUGAACAAGGUCAGCAGGGCCCAAGUGGAAUUCCAGGAAUUAAGGGCCCAAGUGGUCCAAUUGGGCCUCCAGGUUUACCAGGACCAAAGGGAGAACUAGGUCUUCCCGGCCAGCCCGGCAUUCCAGGUGUUGGUAAACCAGGACCUCCAGGAUUCCUUGGGCCUCAAGGGGAACCAGGACGCAUUGGACAGCCUGGACAGCCUGGUCAGCCUGGCCAACCUGGCCCUCCAGGACUACCUGGCCCUCCUGCCCAAGCACCAGGCCUCGGUCAAAUCAUGCCAGAGAUGGGUCCAGGCCUGGACGGAGUGAAAACCCCACCUGGGGGCUACAAGAAAGGGAAGCAGGGAGCAGUAAUAGGGGAAAAUGAUGGCCUCCUGGAAAUGCCUGCCUUUACUGCUGAGCUAACAUCACCAUUCCCACAUGUGGGGUCCCCUGUAAAGUUCGACAAACUCCUCUAUAACGGCAGGCAGAAUUACAACCCCCUGACCGGCCUCUUUACCUGCGAGAUCCCUGGGAUAUACUACUUUGCCUACCAUGUCCACUGCAAAGGUGCCAAUGUCUGGAUUGCACUGUACAGGAACAAUGAGCCAGUGAUGUACACAUAUGAUGAGUAUAAAAAGGGCUUCCUUGACCAAGCCUCUGGCAGUGCUGUGCUCCCGCUCAGGCCAGGAGACAAAGUGUACUUGCAGAUGCCAUCAGAACAGGCAUCAGGACUCUAUGCAGGCCAAUAUGUUCACUCAUCUUUUUCUGGGUAUUUAUUAUAUCCAAUGUAAAAAAUGUUUAAGAAAAUGUACACAAUUAUAGAUUUUUAAAGUAAUUUUUUAUGCUGUUGAAAGCUACAGUUACGAUUGGACCAUUUUGACCAGCUCUUACAAUGUCAUGUGCGAGUUUAAAGGUUCAUAUAUGCACAGCUUCUUAUAGUCACAGUACUCGGUACAUAUUUACAAUAUCACAUGUUUAAAAAGAGAAGUAAACCUACACAACGCUACCAUAAACUGUACUACAAGUUAACAUUAUACUCUAUUUCAACUGAGAACAUACUUACUGUACAUCCAAUCAGUUGCAUAUUAUCUCAUUCUCAUUUUUCAUACCAACUCUCUUUGUAGUGUCUAUAGUACUUCCAAAUGUAAAGAAAGUAAAAUCCCAGAUCCUGUUUCACUGUGAAAAGAUGCCUUUUGGCUUCUGUAGAAAAAUAAAAAAAAACUGAAAGCACCAGUCAAACUAGAAUAAGGUGAAUCACAUUAAAUGAAAAACUACAUCACAGGGUGCACAUUGGAUAUUUAAUAAUACAAGCAAGAUUUGUUUUUAAGGCUCAAACUGACAGAUAAUGGUUAAAAAACAUUCAAUAAAUGUAUAUUGAGAAAAAAGGACAAAGUAUGGGGCUUUUUAAAAAUAAUAAUAAGAAAAAGCAUAUUUUUUUCAAAGACAUUUUGAAGUACAUAGUCCAGUGCAAAAAAAAUAAAAUAAUCCAAAAAUAUAUAUAAUGUGGAUGCAGGUAUUUUAAAGUGGCUAUCACAAUAGGGUACAGGAAAUGUUUUCUAGUCACAAAAAAGUAAAACAUGGAAGGCAGCUUUUUCAAUGUCACACCACAGAAGAAUAAAUGUGAAUUUUUUGUAAAGUAAGAGAGAUAAAAUAAGAACACCAAUGACGAUUCACUCUGCAAGGCAAGGGUCAGUUCAACAGUCAUAAAUCUUUAAUCUGUAAUUCUAAAAGGAUGAGAUGCGAGAGAGAGAUAUUCAGAGACGUAUUAACAGUGGUUACAAGGGGCUAUUGCAUUGUCCAGUGAUUUUUAGUUGUGAUCAUUUCUGACUCUACCAUGUUUUGCAGACUUACAUUGUAACAGCUGACAUAACAUGAUGUAGCAAUAACAGGGUUAAGAAAAGCAGUUGUGAAUCACAGUGUACCGUGCUGACUUCAAUGUAGUCAGCCUAGAAUAUUUUUUUCUUCAAUUUGUUUUUACACUGAUACUUCCUAUUUUGAGUCCAUUACGAUUCAGCCACAUACGUAAAAAACAAAAAUUGAGUGAAUUACUCAAAAAGAAUGAUGGCACUCUGACAUGUGUACCCCUUAUACUGUUAAGAGAAAUGAAAUGUGUUUUUCUUUUUCCCCGAAAAUGCUAGUAAUUUCUGAAAUACAAAUAUACCCCGUUUUAUACAAACGAUUACUAAAGAUGGCUACCUAAAAAAGAUUGGUAGUAGAAAAUGUUGAAAGAUGUUGGCUGCAGUUGCUGGGAAUAGCACGGCCAAAUAACAAUGUUGUUUUUUGUGAUGGGGGGGGGGGGGGGGGUAAACUAUACCAGUAUUUAAGUGUUGCAGAAUAGUAUGUGUUUUGACAUGGUAAAUUAGCUACCGAAGGGUUUGUUUCAACAUUUGUCUCUGUAAUGUAUUUGUUUGACUACUGAUUGCCUACAUUUGUAUAUGAGCAGAAGGGCAGAUAGGCCUCAAGACAAAGUAAAAACUAAAACUAAAAAAAGGAAAAAAGAAAGAAAUCUAUGUAUAAUACUUUGUCUGACAACGGUGCUAAACUUAUAACCAAGUGGAUUACUAAGUUACAUGUGUUUUUUUUUUUAUUAAAAGUGGAUUCAUUAACCCUA